AGCAGACUUGUAUGGUAGGGUGCAUAUUAAGACCGCUCAGAGUUGUCAGGCCUGUAGGUGUACUUCAAGCUCCUGGGAGCUUGCUUUGCAUUAACUCUCAGGUUUCAGUUCCCAAGGAAACAACCCAUGUGAUCAGUUGCUAGGUAGUUUUACACAGAAUGAUCACAGCCCCUAGCAACAGCAGCAACAUUAUGACCAAGGCAUACUUCACCUCUGCAGUUGUUUCUGUAUUUGAAAGACAUCUUUCUUUGGGCAUAUAAUGGCAACAGUUGAUUACAACAGACCAUGCCCAAGUUCUAGGAUACCAGAACUGGCCAGACCAAUAGAGUAUAAAGAAGCAUGUAAAGCAACAAGGCCUUGGAGGAAGCUGGUGUGGGGAAACCAGGAAUCAAUAUGGACUGUCACUAGGGCUGCUAAGACUGCAAAGCCAACAGAUAGAAUGUUAUACCUUGCUAAACCCACGAAGAACCACCAUGGGGAAUUAGCACAGAACAGGGGAAACUUUUUGCAUAGCUGUGGUCAAAGGUCGUCCAUUUGGAAAAUUCCUCCAUCUGCUUUAAAUUGUGAACCAUCUGAGAGAUUGGAGAAGCUGGCAAAACCAAAGAGUUUCUCCAAGGGUUAUCAAGAAAACAGGCCUGCGUUUGAUCUAGGAUGUGGUCGUGGCUCCAAUAUAUGGCAUGUUAGUCCUGCAGCCCUGUCCUAUGAAACCUCUCCACGUGUAUUACACCUUGCACGUCCAAAAACAUGUCAUUUAGAAUUCAAGUACGACAAACAGGUGGAGACAUAUAUCUCCCUUGGUACAAGAAUGGCAAGCAUUACUCCAAGACUGGAAUGCCUGUCCAUUCCAAAGAUUAAAGAAGACAGUCACCUGUACUUUGAUAGGGGUCAACCAGAGCAACCUAUACGUCCAGUCUCAAAACCUGCACGCAAAGCACUGGCUACGUCUCGGAUUCAACAGCUAGCUAAACAAAAAGAAAUUCCUAGUAGCUAUUUGCCUGAACGAGAUGUCAUGUGGGCAAUAACUAGUGGUGCUGGAAAUUCAUCAGCAUCCCCAAGAACAGAGGAACUAGCUAAGCCAAUAAUGAGACAGCCUAUGGACAUGCUUCAGUAUGACACAGAUGCCUUUAAGGUAAGAGAAGCAGCCAAGAAAUCAAUGUGCACACAGAGGAUCAAACAACUUGCUGAACCCAUUCAACGAUGACCUGGGCGUAGUGUACUGUGUAGUGACGGAAGGAAGUAAAUUCUGAUUGUGUAAUCUUUAAAAGGAAAACUGUGGAUUCUGUGUUUUUUUUAUCUAUGCAUGUAUGUGGGUGGUUGCUGCGGUUCUGUCAUGUUAUACAGUAGUGUUGUCACAAGAACAUUGUCAGCUCAACUGUACUGUGAGGCUAAAACCUAAUAGGACAACAGCUACCGAAUACAUAAAGCCUUUAUAAAUCAUGUGGAAACCAAGUCGUUUGUUGAAUAAAUCAUAUGUCAGGAGGUUUUGUACAAUGCACCUGUGAACAGAACUAUAGGUCCUCUCCUGAAGUAAAUGCAGUGCUCUGAUCAUAAACACAUGAUUUAUACUGUAAUAAUUAAACCGUGAAUUUAAUUGGUCCAGCAUUUAUGUUUGUGGUGUUUUAAAAAUGAAUCUGUGGCUAGAUGACCCCAGCUCCCCAUUUUUCAGUGAGACUUUGCUUUCAUUUAGUUCUUUAAAAUCUAUAUUGUUUUUGAUGUUCAUGAUUUUAGGACAACAUCUUAGGUCAGAAAACAUAACUGCAGUCAAAGAAUACAAAAUAAGAAACCUUGGUGUAAUAGCAAACAGCUGGAAUCAAAAGGGCAGUGUGAUAAUAAAGGGGUAAGAUGAAGGGAGGGGUACAGUAAAAAUCCUCCUGGUCUAAGUCAGUCAGCUGGCAAACUUGCUAAGAAAGAUGAGAACGAGAUACUGCAGAGGGUAGGAGAGGUUUUUUUUUAGCCAAGCUCACUUACUGUUAUAACGAUACUUGCCACCAUGUAGCCAGAGACUCUCAAUUCAACAGGGACAAUAGAUCUAUGACAAAGAAAAUGAUUGCAGCCUUUGUAAAUGAGAUAGCUAACACUUAUUGUUACAGCACAAUGGAAAACAAGGCCUGUAUUACACUGCAAAUCAGUCACUUUGUCUCUUUGUAGUAGAUCUGUGUUAAGAAUUACAUUUGUCUCCAAAAUUAUCCAUCAGCACAGUACCCUUUGAACUGUCCAUAAUGCAAGCCAUUAAUAAUGAAUACACUUAAAUAUAUAAACCCUUCUGGAUACUACCAGUUGUUUUAAUGUAAUAUAAUUAAAGUUGGGUGCAAUAAAUACAUUAAAAACAUAUAAUUGAAUGGACACAAUAUUGUUGUUAUUUCUAUAUAUACAGUGCAUACAGAUUUGCAGCAUUUCGUUUUUAACUUCAUCAUUAUUGUGUGUGAACAUGGGGGAGUGAGAGAUUUUAUGUGAUUAUGUUCGUUAAAUUUAGUAGAUGUGAAUUGUUGAUCAGGUAAUUUGCAGGUUACAAUCACAAUGAUAUAUUGUUUCAGUAUUGAAAAUAAUGGCAAUACAAAUUUUUAAAAACGCUUUACAAUAUCCUUCUGAAUAGUUGAAGAAAAAAAAUUACAGCUAAUUCCAUUAGGUAACAUUUAAAGUGACACUGAGAUGGUCCAAACAGAAGUUUACCCAGGCUCUUCCAGUGGUAUCCAAGCGAAGCCACAAAUUCUAAGUACAAGCCACUUGACGUCAUGCAAAUUAAGAGGAAAGAUGGGUGUGGCUAUUCAAAUACAUUUAAAAAUGGAGACAAGCUUAUACAUGUCUUACUUUUUUCCUGUGGGUAAACAAAAGUAUUUGGCACAUGUCUUUUAAUGCCACAUCUACUUAUUGGUACAAAGAAUCUAAAUAGGCAGGUUCAGGGCCAUAGUUAGGUUGGAAUGCUGCCAGCUAUAGUCCUUUAACUUGUUUGUCAUUAUUCGUUAGGCCUACUGUUUUAUUUUCUGAGCAAUGUACUAGUGAAUAGAAGUGUGUGACAGAUGUUUAUGACAUUAUUUUGUUAGCUACAAUCACUUUAAGACCAGUUUUAUUUUUAUAAAUACUGUCACAAUAAUACUUAAUAUUUAUAAUAAUAGACACAUUUUACCAAAUUUUCUGUGGGGUUCAACAUUUUAGCUGUUGGUAACAGUGGCUCACUGAGGUCAUCAAAAAAAAUAGAAAAUUCUUCAUUAUGUCAUAAUCACAACAUCAUUUUCCCAGGAUCUCUAGAAAAGUCAUUAAUUCCAUUUCCUGAUUUAUUUUUUUACAAAGACAACGUGUAGAAAGUGUUAUGCAUAUGUGUACUUGUAGAUGUCAUUGGUAUUUAUUGAUUAAUACAAAAACUAAAAUACAGUUUCAUGCAAAAGGGACUGAAAUAAGCUUUUAUUUGUUUUUUAAAUAUAUUGCUGGUCUAAUAUGUUACAGAAAAUUGUUUUAAUACAUAGUAGACCUUGAUAUUGAUGUGAUACAUCUAUCUGAUAUUCUGGAAAUGAGGUCACAUUAAAAUUAGCUACACUAUUACAUAUUUUAACUAUAUUAUAACAUAAUAUAUAGUACAGGAAGAUAGAAGCUGAUUCACUCCCAUUCAGACCUGUUGUGGAGUGGAUAUCAGCUUGCAUUGUACAAUACCCUGUAUGAGUUAUAUGAAGAUAUGAUUUCAAAAAAGCUAAUUAAAAAUGAUAUAACAAUGUUAUUUUCCAUUUAUUAAAAAUGCUUUCAUGGGGUAUAUUCAUAGAUAUAAAGUACUAAAUAAUUAAGAAAAGUUAUAAAAAUCAAUAUUGCAAUUUAGUCUUGUAUAUUUCUAUCUGUAAAAAUGUAUUAAUGAAUUCAUGUAAUUUUAGUAUUCCAGGGGUGAGCUGUUGUAGAAUAUUGUUAUUAUGUAAUUUACAAACAAAUCUAUGAAUAAUUACAUACAGUAUGUCUGCUGUACAUCACUCAUUGCUGUGUACACAACAUUGAAAUGAUCUGCACUCUGUAUGCACAGGGCCUGGUUAAACUAACAGAAACACCUGGACCUCACUUAUUCUAUGUGAUGGGAGAACACUUGACCAUUCCUCAAUGAUGGCCACUUCUGAUUCUUUCAGGGAAGGUGUGGGUGGAAAUCUGUUGCAAAGACUAUAGAGUAAUCACUUUUGAGACUGCUUCUGUGAAACAUCAGAAAAUUGCCCAAUGACUGUGACAGAGCGAUUGAAUCCUAAUCAACAAUCUCCCUCCCGACCUGUGAGGGCACGGUAUAACAGGAACAGUGUUCCCCGGACUGGAUGGUUUGGCAGUUCAUUCCAGGGUCAGUUGGAAGUUGGCCAUCCAGAAAGGGGGCGGAGUCACAAUACCAGAAGUCAUCAUACCAGAAGUCAUAGGCGAUGUGUCAGUCAUGGAUUGGAGGAUACGUGAUUGCACUCGCUACCGAAGGGGGCAUGACUGAGGGUAUAUCAGGGGAUGUGACAAAGCAAUCUGUUCCUUGGUUAUGGUUACGCAAGGACCCAUAAAGGAUUACUGUGUUGUAAAAAGAAACCGUGAGUUUUUGUGUUUUGUCUCUCUAUUAAACUGUCACGUUUGUCAUUUAUAGAAGGCUAAACAACCAGCAAACAAACCCAGACUAUACUUCACCAUUGUGCAUGUUUAAACUUGUAAAUCAUCACUUUCACUAAGAGCACUCACUCUGGACUUCUGACCGUGUUGUGUUUGUGUGUGUCUUGUUUAGUGUAUUAUUAUUUCGGGACUGAACCCCAUGGUAGAGCCAGUUAUUAUUAUUUAAGAGUUGAGAGAACACAACCCAGCCAAAUAAAAGAGCUGUUUUUCA